GAGUCAAGUGCUGAGAUGAUAGAGCUCACUUUUCCUCUGACGGAUUUUAAGGAAAGCAUGGACUAUUCGGACAAAAACAGUUUAUGUUCUCGAUCCCUGUCUGUCAGAGGCAAGCGGUUCCAAACAUUUGCAAUAUGUGCUGCGAUGAUGGCUUUGGGAGCAAGCGUGUCAAUCCCUGGACCCACGUUAAUUGAUCUGAGGAAACAAGUUGGUGCCUCCGUGGAAUCGGUCACAUACGCCAUCAGUGGCCGUUCAGCUGGUUUAUUUAUUGGGUCCAUUAGUGGCGGCAUUUUCUUCGACCACAUGAACCAUCACUUGAUCCUCAGUUUGGUGAUGAUUUUGACUGCUGUAACAAAUGUUCUCAUCCCGUUUGCUUCACACUUAUCGGAACUGGCAGCAUGUCUAGCAGGGCAGGGUAUAGUGAUGGGGUGCUUGGAUACAUGUGGCAAUGCCAUGAUUCUGGAACUGUGGGAAAAGAAAAGCGGUCCAUACCUUCAGUUGUUGCACUUCUCUUUUGGCGUUGGUGCAUUUGUGGCCCCAAUAAUUGCACAGCCCCUAUUGUCAAAAAGAAUGGACGUUACCAACAAUGACACGUCAAAUUUAUACAAGUUGCCUUUUACUUUGGAAGAUAAAACAUCUCUAGAUCGUCCAGUCAAUGAUUUCCUGGAAAACUCAAGCCAAAAAGAAGACCAGAUGCUAUUGAAUACGUUUUUAAGUAACACUACAUACACGACAAUCUUCACCAACGAGUCCAGUAAAAUCUCGAUCCUUAACACUGUGGAAAUGUGGACAGAAACGCGCAUUAUGUAUGCCUACAUUGGUGUUGGUAUGAUUGCUGUACUUUGUACUAUACCUUUCAUUGCAAUGUCUCAUCAAGAACACAAAUGUUUAUACUGGAAAAAGGUAAAGGCACAUAAUCCAGAAGAGGCCCAAACAACUCGAGAAGAUUCCAUGUGGUUUAAAGUACCUUUCUUGCUCAUCUUUGCAUUAUAUAUCCUAUUGUAUGUGGGCCUGGAAAUUACUUUUGGAACUCUUGUAACCACAUUUGGAUUUGAGACUCUCCACUGGUCUAAACCUAAGGCGGCAAACCUGUCUACUGUUUUCUGGGGCUGCUUAGCCACCACAAGAGGCCUGUCAAUCAUAGUGUCAAAGUUUUUGAGUUCUACUGUAAUGACCAUGAUAGAUCUUGCAUUAAUGGUACUUACAACGAUGUUGAUGUCAUUUUUGGUUAACAGUGCAGAGGCAAUAAUGUGGAUUUGCACAGCUCUAUAUGGGAUUGGUUUGGCUUCCGUUUUCCCUGCCGGAGUUUCAUGGGCGAAUAGGUAUGUUCACAUUACCGGGAAAGCUGCAUCCUUGAUUACUGUGGGAGCUGCGAUAGGGAUGCUUACUUUGCCUGCACUUUUUGGCCACUUCUUCCAAAUCAACGGGAUGCAUUUUGCAUAUAUAUCAUUAGGUGGUGCAGUAGGUAAUGUAGUUUUGUUCACUAUCCUGUAUAUAUUUGCUCGUUUCCAUGGUGAACGAUACCUUCCCGUCCCUCAACAAGUUCAUGAUAAUAAGGAUGAACCUCACCAAGACACCACAGAGACCACAGAUUUGUAGCUUUCAAUAUUUGAAAUUAUUUUAGCUCACAAUCGAAAAUAGGGUGUGCAGAAGAUUAUGAAAUAUUAGCCAAGGAAUAAUAUGGCCAUUUUGGAUACUGUUUUCAUGACUGAAAUGAAUAUCCUAUUAGACUUUUGAUCCGCGUCUCUGUCACACGUUGCUAAAAAAACUGGGAGCUCAUCAACUUAACAUAUAUUCACCCCGAUUGUUAUAAGGGGACAAAAGUUAUUCAAAGCCUGGGCAUUAUGUAAUAUCUAUGGUCCAAUAUUAUAUUUUCUUAAGUUGACCACCACUGAGAAAUCGCCACAUUUUUAAAUGAAAUAAUUCCGUCCCCAUAUUAUCACAGACAAAAACCUUUUUGAGUUGCAUUUCAUUCUGAGAUAGGCUUUGCAAGACCCGCAUGUUGCAUCGAGAAACACAAACUGUGGAUUUACGGUCACUACCUAAUACAUACCAUAUUUGCUUCCAUAAUCUAGGAUUCAUUAAUUGAUAAAUAACCAUAUAUUCGUUAUUUUUCAAUGACUAAACGUAUUCAUGAGACAUGUAAAGUAAAAAAAAAA